AACUACCCCUGUCUGUGCCACCCAUCUCUCCAGAUUAGGACCAGUGAAUUACAUUUUUGCCCGAUCCCGUCGCGAACUCCGUCCCCCCUUUGCCCCUCUUCUUUACCGAUGCUGCCAGGCACACCACCGUAAGAGUCGUCCCCCGUGCUCCUCCUCCUCCUCCUCCUCCUCGUCGUGGUGCGACCCCGCGCCAAGCAAUCUCCGGCGAGCCGGCGUCGCCGGAGGCGGCGGCCCGAGGCUCGCGGCCCGCACCCCCCCACCCACCGCCGCAAACCUCGUCCGCACCCGCGGAGCCUCUCCCUCUCUUCGUUCGUCGUCGGUGCCUCGAGGAUUCCCUCGGCGUCGACUCCUCGCGAGUGAGUUCGCUCGCCCCGUCGCCUGCGCCGAUCUCCAUCCCCGCGAGCUGAGCAGGGGGAGGGCGCCGCCUCCGUCGUCGUCGUCUGUCCUGCUGCUUCCGCCGCAUCCCCGGCAAAUCUUGUAAAAAGCCUAUGGGAAAUUCAAAAACUCCUCAACCAUCAAAGAAGUCCCGAAUUAUGUUGUCAGAUACUGAUGGCCACCAACUGGACAAUGAUGAGUUUUCAUCUGAAAGUGCAUCAAAUCAAAUGGUUCUGUUCAACCCUGAAACUGUAGCUAAAGGGCAAGAUGAACUUGGAGAGAACCAUUCACCAUCUUUGCAGAAAUCAGCCAAUAAUCCGAACCGAGGAAUGCCAUCUAUUGGGGCAUUCACUGUCCAAUGUGCCAAGUGUUUCAAAUGGAGACUUAUUCCGACAAAAGAGAAGUAUGAAGAAAUUCGUGAGUGUAUUAUACAGGAACCUUUUGAGUGCGAACGAGCCCGUGAGUGGAGACCUGAUGUAACAUGUAAUGAUCCAGAAGAUAUAUCUCAGGAUGGAAGCAGGCUUUGGGCUAUUGACAAACCCAAUAUUGCACUACCUCCUCCUGGAUGGGAAAGACAGAUCAGAAUAAGAGGCGAAGGAGGCACCAAAUUUGCUGAUGUGUAUUACACUUCUCCUACUGGAAGGAAACUGAGGUCACUGGUUGAAAUUGAUAGGUACCUCUUGGAGAAUCCGGAUUAUGUUGCACAGGGUGUAACAUUAACUCAAUUUUCAUUCCAGAUUCCUAGGCCUCUGCGACAGGACUAUGUCAAAAAGCGCCCUAAGAUAGUGAAUCCAAAUGAUGAAGCAAGUGUAGUAACGACCAAGUCCGUUAAGCCGGAAGAAGUGAGCCCCAUAGCCUGGGCAGCACCAUCGGUACAUCAGGAGGGUGAAGCUGGCGAACGAGCUUCUCAUGCUGAUGAGCCACCUGAAGCAGAAGAACUGGAGCUAACACGAAAAAGGAAAGCGGAAAGCCCUCUGUUCGAAGAGGCACAUUCUAACCAUGUUUCUGAUGAACCAAAAACCAAGUUAGAGGAUACUCAAAAUGGAGGCCCUUCAGCUUGAAGACUGCAACACAGUGAUACCUUAAGCUCCCCAUCCAUGGUUUUAUUGAUUCUCUUUUGCGCUUCAUAAUUUGGGGGCCAGUUUUUCCUGUAAUGCAAGGCCUUACUGGCCUUUAUAUGUAUCAUGCCACGUUGGUGCCAGGUUGGAGGCUGAAUCUGACUCAAAAUCAAGUUUUCGGACACGUUACAAUUGUUGUAUCCAAAAGCCAUGUUGGAACUCUUUUCAGGAGUGUGCUUUUUCUAGUAUGGGCCUAGGUAGGAAACCUGCCGUGUAAGAUUAGCUCCUCUCCUUGUUUUCUCUUUGUAAGAUAAGGAAAUGUUGUAGGGACAUGUUUUUCUUGUAUGUGGGUUUGAUCCCUUUUAUUAUCUAAGACAUGCCAUUUCUGAUGGUGAAAUUUCUGGUUGA